AUGUCGGCUUACCGCAUCAAGAAGAAGCGGCCUAGGACUCCUCCGCCAGAGGAGGCGCCUUCGAUCACAGAGGAGAGCCCUGCUGCUUCGGGGUGGCGGGAGAGCCCAAAGGGCGGUGCGGCGCUGCACGGGCUCUGCGCCAUCAAGACGCCCCUCAAAGCGGAGCUCUGCGCGUCGCUCCCGGCGGCAGAUUGGUGGACGGUGUCGGACGCGCUGCAGGCGUGCGGCGGGUCGGCGGUGGGGCUGUGGAUCGACCUGACAAACACGCGGCGGUACUACGAGCCGCGCGAGCUGCCCCAGUCUGUUCGCUACCUCAAGUUCCAGACGGCUGGCCACGGUCUCAUCGAGGAGCAGGCCAUGCUCCAGAUCCUCCACGAGAUCUCAGCUCUGCGCGUGGCGCGCCGCCCCUCGCGGGGCCUCCCGCCCGAGGAGGUGGCCAAGGCGGAGAAGGCGGCCUCUGCUGCGGCGCGCGUGGUGGUGCACUGCACGCACGGGCUCAACCGGACCGGCUACGUGGUCGCCACCGCGCUCUGCCGGCUCGAGCCGCGCAUUCCGCUCGGGGAGGCGCUCGCCGCAUUCAGCGAGCAGCGGCCGCCAGGCCUCUGGAGAGAGCAGUACGUGCGCGCGCUGCACGACACGUACGGCGGCGCCAUCCCGCCCCUCCCGCCGCCGCCCUCCUGGGAGCACGAGGGGCGGAAAUGA